CAGCUAUUGCAGCAUCCUCGCUUCGGGGGCGAGACGCCGAUGCGCUUCUGGCGUCAGGCUGCACCGGGCGCCGGAGAAGACGACCAGGCCUUGGUACCAAUAGACCUUGAGGAGGAACUGGUUAGACACCCACUCGCACCGGCUCCGGUUCUUGAGGCUUUGAGGUAUGAAAAUGGACGGCAAGUAAUAAUGAGUGCGGAUGAUGCGACUCGUUUAAUUGUAUCGGCUCACCCCAUAUUGCUAAAUGAUGAUGGCAAUCCCAUCGAGGAGGUGCCCCUGGACGCUAUCAACUUCGAUCCCCCCAGGGGCGCGCUCUACGAUCCGCCAAAUGCACCAGCCGAAGACGCCAGCUGGAUCUUCGUCUUCGAUGAUAUUGGCAUUCGCACUCUGGGCCGAUAUGUUAUCCACUUUUGCCUAAUGAGGAUCCCCCGGGAAUGUGAAGAGCCGCCCGAGCAACUGGCUCAUGCUACCACUGAUGCCUUCGAAGUGGUAGAAGAAGCCCGCUGGCCGCUAUUCACGGAUUUUUACACUGAGCUAAGUGCGCGUCUUAACCGCGACCACGACCAUUUAAAUAUUUACCGUCCCAGGUACCAAGAUCUUCGGUAG